ACACUAUUUUAAAGGUGCCUCGGCUGCCCGCCAGAGGACGUCAUUGCUACAGGCCAACGAGAGUUUGCAAAGAGUUCUUGGAUCUGUCUCAAGUUUUCCAGGCUCUGGAGAAACCACCAGCUAUGGAAUCGACAGGCGCAUCCGGAACCUCCUCCUCGCAUCCUCUUCCCGUCCGCAUAGUCACCCUAAACAUUCGUUAUGCCACAGAGCGCCCUGAUCCUGGAGAGGAGCCAUGGCGGAUCCGUUGCCCAAAGCUCUGCGCGCAGUUGAGGUUCAUUACUUUAGGACACGAUUCGGUGUUUGUGUGUCUCCAGGAAGUCUUGCACUCUCAGCUCAACGACGUCCAAGCAUGCUUGGGCCCGUCGUGGGGUCAUAUUGGGCAGGGGCGCGAGGACGGGAAACAGGCCGGGGAGUACUCUCCGAUCUUCUUUCGGACCGACCGCUGGCUGUGCGAGAACAGCAGGACAUACUGGCUGUCAGAAACACCGGACAUACCAUCUAAAGGCUGGGAUGCUGCCUUGGAACGCAUUGUAACGAUAGGGUCGUUCCGCCAUAAGGAAACCGAGACCGCUGCCGUUGUUAUGAGCACCCAUCUUGAUCACCAAGGCGAGGUCGCCCGUGAGCAAAGCGCUCGAUUGCUGCUCCAACUCGCGAGGACAUGGGUUAUCGGCAGAGAAGUCCCUGCCCCUUUAUUCCUGGGCGGUGACCUUAACAGCACGCCAGACGGUGGUGCGUACAAGGUGUUGACUGAGCCAGGCGAGGGCAUGAAGGAUAUAUCCACUCUCGUCCCGGAGCAUUUCAAGUACGGCAACCAGGAGAUAACCUAUACUUCCUUCGGAGAGCAAGGAGAGGAACCCAAACAGAUAGAUUUCCUCUUUGUCCUGAACCCGGAAAGACUGAAUUUCCUGGGGUUCAGCAUUUUGGCCAACCAGUUCGACGACCAGAUUUACCUUUCGGACCAUAGGCCGGUGGUUGUGGACCUAGAGAUCCCUUGUCCCAGCGGCCAGAUGACGCGAUCUUGAUCUCCGUUCAGGAGCCAACUUGAAGUUCUUGCAGUUUUUCUGGGAGGUCUACCUUGAGACGCUUUCGCUCGCUUCUCCAAUGCAGAAAUAUACAACCGGUUACGAGCCUCGGUUCAGUGCUGCACGGGGAGUCUGGAUGCAUCCGCUAGAUUGAGAGAGUAGCCAACAUUCUGCUCCUGAUGAUGCAGAUGGGCAUACGCCGAACGAAACCUAUCCAUGUUUUCAAGGGGAAGCGCCAGGUACGUUGGUCAUCCUCUGAGACCAAUGUAGACGAAGUCGACCUCGCCCACACAGCAUAGUCAUACAUUAGGUAUCCCAGGGAUCUUGCAUCAAAACUCUGGGUCCAUCUGAGACUUGCACCUUCGGGCUCUUUCGGCCCUCAGGAAGGCUGGGUCUCUGGGACGCCCUCAACGGCCCGUGAGGCCGGGCCAU